AUGGAGAACCAGGCGGCGGACGAAUUAGCUAAACUUGCAAGUUCGAUAACACCGAUCGACGCUCAACAAGCAAUCGAGCAGAGCAACGGACAAGCCGAAGUCACCAACCGGGAAGUUCUUCGAAUUCUAAGGGUUCGGCUCGACCACCUCGGGGGCAGUUGGGUAGAUGAACUCCCUGGCAUCCUAUGGGCACUCCGCACGACUCCUAAGGAAGGAACCGGGGUCAUGUCGUUCCACCUGGUGUACGGAGGAGAGGCUGUCGUUCCAGUAGAGGUCAGGAUCGAGUCCGAUCGAGUCCAGAACUACGACGCGGACAACACCGAACGGAGGCAGCUAGAGCUGGAUCUGGUAGAUGAAGCACAAGCUAAAGCAGCUAUUCGGCUAAUGACGUACCGGCAGAGAAUGAAGCAAAAUUGCAAUAGGCGAGUAAUCCCCAGAGCAUUCCAAGCUGACGAUCUAUUAUGGAAGAAGGUGAAGCUAGUCGGUGAUGUGAGCAAGCUGGAAGCGCCCUGGGUGGGACCCUUCAAAGUCGUCGAGAAGCUUCGAUCGGGGGUCUACUACCUUGAAGAUCAAGACGGACGACGGCUGGAAUGA